AGGCGAUGUUUGUUAUCAUAUCUGUUUUUGUUGUGAAGAGCAAGGCGAGGAUCAUCGUUACUCGGAUGGACCUAUGGUGAACAUUAUAGGGAGGUAGAAUGUAAAACACGAUGGCUGAUUUUGAAAUGUAUCAGGAGUAUCAGCGUAUAGAAGAAUAUGAUGAAGACUCACCCCCAGGAGAGGAAGACUUACUCGUUCAUGUGCCAGAGGGCAGAGGAGACCCAUGGCAUCAUAUAAAGAACCUUGACAAUUUCUUCACAAGAAUCUAUCAUUUCCAUCAGAAGAAUGGAUUUGCCUGCAUGGUUUUGUCAGAGUUUUUUGAACUUGUGCAGUUCCUGUUUGUGGUUAUGUUUACAACUUUCCUUUUCAAUUGUGUGGAAUAUGAUGUUCUCUUUGCCAACCGAGCAGUCAACCACACGGGCCAGAGCCAUAAGGUCACCAUUCCUGAUGCUAUUUUACCCAACGAGCAGUGCAUUGAGAGGAUUGAAGGCAACAGCUGUAUCAUCUUUCUCUUGAUAAUGGCAGCCAUUUUUUGGGUCUAUCGGCUCGUGAAGGUGAUCUGUAAUGUCCUCAGCUACUGGGAGAUCCGGCAGUUUUAUAUUAAAGCACUCAAAAUACGGAUGGACGAUUUGUGCAACUUCUCCUGGCAAGAAGUUCAAGUCCGUUUGAUUCACUUGCAGCGUGAGCAGCCUAUGUGCGUCCAGAAGAGGGAACUCUCUGAACUGGACAUCUACCACCGCAUCCUACGCUUUAAAAACUACACUGUGGCCAUGAUCAAUAAAUCACUGCUGCCUGUCAGACUGCGUGUGCCAUUCUUCGGUGACAUGAUUUUCCUCACCCAGGGCCUAAAGUACAACUUUGAACUUCUUCUUUUUUGGGGCCCCCUCUCGCUUUUUCAGAACAAAUGGAGUCUGCAUCCCAAGUACAAACGGGCUGCGAACCGCCAGGAGCUUGCGAAACAGCUCAGUCGUGUAAUACUGCUAACUGGCAUGGUCAAUCUUCUACUUUGCCCAUUCGUGGUGGUGUGGCAGGUGUUGUAUGCAUUUUUUAGCUAUGCCGAAGUCAUCAAACGGGAGCCGGGUAGCUUGGGGGCACGGCGUUGGUCACUGUACGGCCGUCUAUACCUGCGACAUUUUAACGAGCUGGAUCAUGAGUUGCACGGCAGGCUGGGUCGCGGAUACAAGCCGGCCGCUACAUACAUGAACGCCUUUGUUUCUCCCCUGUUGUCGGUGCUGGCGAAGAACGUGGCUUUCUUUUCUGGCUCAGUGCUGGCUGUGCUGAUUGCGUUGACAGUGUACGAUGAGGACGUAUUGACGGUGCAACACAUCCUGACGGCCAUUACAGUGCUGGGUGUGGUCAUCACGGUCACCAGAUCAUUUAUUCCAGAUGAACAUAUGGUGUGGUGUCCUGAACAGCUGCUACAAUGUGUCCUGGCCCAUAUUCACUACAUGCCAGAUCACUGGAAGGGAAACGCCAACAAGAGCGAGACCCGUGAUGAAGUGGCACAGCUUUUCCAGUACAAAGCGGUCUUUAUUUUGGAGGAGCUCCUCAGCCCCAUAAUUACCCCGUUCAUCCUCAUCUUCCCCCUGCGGAGCAAGUCUCUAGAAAUCAUCGACUUCUUCCGUAACUUCACAGUAGACGUGGCAGGAGUGGGCGACAUAUGUUCGUUUGCUCAAAUGGACAUCAGACGCCAUGGCAACCCACAGUGGAUGUCUGAGGGUCAGACGGAAGCUUCGGUGUACCAACAGGCUGAGAACGGCAAGACAGAGCUGUCUCUCAUGCAUUUCACCAUCAAAAACCCUCACUGGCAGCCACCGCAGGAGAGCUCCGUGUUCAUCAGUCACCUGAAGGAGAAGGUUCAACAGGAUGCUCAGACAGGACCAUCUCCUCAGCUGCUGAUGUCUGAAGCUCCUCUUUGUACCUCAUUGCUGUCUAAUGAGUCUGCCACUGGUCCUGAUAACCUGUUAGCCAGCGUGUUGGCUCACCCCAUACUAACUGCGUCCGGACUGCCCGGAUGGAAUCGCCGUUUUACAACGCAGAACAGCGCAGCCUCUGCAGCGGCCAGCGUCCUGGUGUCCCUCUCUUCCUCCCAGCAGCCCCACAAUGGGCGUUCUCGUUCACACACUCUCCUUCCCUCCAGACAGCAUUAUGAUGUUUCCAUGUACUGCAGUGAGCACACUGUGGGAGACAGCAUGUCUGCAAGUGACUCUAAGAUGCUCAGCCAGUCUAAAUCAGCCCUAGCAUCAGAGUUUGCAUCCACUGAGAUGAGCCUGCAUGCUAUAUACAUGCAUGAGUUGCAUCAGCAGAAGACCCAGCAUACAUCUGGACUACUUCAGGCCCCUGUACCAAUGAGGGAUUUAAGUACUAACAGUGGUCCUCAGAUACAGUCUUCACAGACAGUCAGUCUUGUGCCACCUACUUCUGGUCGUUUGGGUGGCUGGGCUGAAGAGGAGGAAGAGGAGGGUGAUGAAGAGGAGGUAAACACUAGCCCUGUGCCAGAUCAGACCAGCAGAGGGAGCAGCUGAAGUGCCUUCGACCAGUAUGUCUUUGCAUUCGUGUGUGGGAGGAAUGGCGUGGCCUUACUUUGGUUAGAAUCCUUUUGAUAAAGCAUGUUGGACAUCACACUAAGCAUGCAGUUCAUGGAGCAGAUCAGUUCUCGGGACACACUGUCUUCCAGUCCAGAACUGUGGCGUGAUGGACUGCAAGAGUGUCUGCCACCUCCUCUCCCUCUUUACAUGUCAAAUAUAAAUUCAAGACUGUUGUGUGUGUUGGAGUGUAUGUUAGUUCCAGACCAGGCUGUAGAUUUGUGUUCGUGUAUGGCACAAGAUGACAUCACUGAUGCUGAAAGCACCGAGCAAGUGUCGAGUCGGGACGUGUACAUGGCACUUGCUUUACACAGUAUUUUAUUCCCAUUUCAUUUUCUCUCAUGCAGUGUUUGUUUCAUAUGGCUAAGAGCAAGUUCAAUUUUGCGCUUCUGUGAUUCAAUAGACAGGAGUGUUUUAUGGGCAGUAUUUGUUUUGAAGCUCUGCCUUGGUUUGGGGCGAUAAAGACGUAUCCAGUCGUUGUAAUAUUGUCAGUUUCAGUUUUGCUUUCGAGCUCCAGCGAACACAGAAAUAUAUCAGUAAAUGAAUGUAAAAUGAUGACAAUGACCUCAUUAGAAAAAUAAAAUUUUAAAUUACCAGUUUCUCCUGAAGAGAUAUAAUAUAUAAAAUGUAUGCAAAAUUUUGCCUAAGCACAAAUUUGAUUUAUGGAGCAAAAUGAAUUUGCAUUUGCAAAGGUUUUGACAAAUCUUAACUUAUUAACCUCAAAUAAAAAUGUUAUUCAAAUUUAAAAAGAUAGUAUAUCUGAUUCCAAGAGAACACACUAAAGUUCUACAAAGCAGGUCUGUUAUGAAAGUAUUUAAACUAUACCGGCAAAUAUGUCAACUUUGUGUUACAUUUGCUUAAAAAUAGUUGAAAACAUCCAUCUUUUUGCUUGGAAACAGUUCAACUGUACCAUUCUUAGACCAAUUUUAAGACUGAUCUAACAAUCAUAUCACUGCAUACAUCUAUAAAGAAAGAUUAUUUAACUUUAAAGCUAAAACAUGUUUUGAGUUAAUGUGGAAAAAAACAAUUAUUAGUAAAUUUGUGUUUUAAAAAUCUCUUCCUAAUCAAACUGUGACAAAAAGUUGCAUUGCAAAAUUCAGACACAUCAAAAUAUUAUUUUUAGAUGAUAUGUGUUUCCAACUUAUUCAGCUACUGCCAACUAUGAAUUGCAGAUGCACAAUAUUAAACCACUUAACCAGUUAAAAUAGUGAUUUUUGAAAACUAUUCAAGUUUAAAGUUUCUUGCUUUCAUGGCUGCCUAUAAAAGCAUCUCUGAAUGAAGGUAUUAAUUGUAUCGUGUUGGGUUUUUAAGGUUGGUCAUGGAUGUUUUAUACUGUGUUCCCAGCCAUUAACAGUCUCUGAACAAGUCUAACAUGAUCUUUCAGUCUGUAUCCCAGAAGUGAUCAGUUAUGCAGUUUAACAUCUUGUGUCCAAGUCCAGACCCAAAACUGUAGGGGAAAGUAUUUGUGUGGUGCUUGCUGUAAUACCAAGAGUUAAAUCUGUUUUUCAACUAGAAUCUGGUGUUGCAGAACAAAAUAAUAUUUGUAGAGUUCAUUAAUCAUUUCUUUCUAAAAGUCUAUACAGGUUAGCCUGUCUAAUAUAUCAUGAUCAAGACAGCCAAAGGGCUUUUUGUCAGUUUACACAAGGUAUAUGAUUUACUGACUUUGCAGAGUCCUCCAUAUGCUCACUAUGUUCAGUGUGUUCAUGCAGAACUUCCUGUGGCCAGAGCGUGUUCAGGAAUCGCCUACUUGAAAUAAUGCACAGUAAACGGACAUCUUAGAGCAAACAGCUUGAAGUGUCAUCUAUGUCAAUCAUAUGUUUUGUUAAGAUAUAAAUAAGAUAAUGAGGGUAACAGCAACAAUUUCAUACCCAGACCGAUAUACCUCCGAAUGUACCUUAAAACAGUAUAUGCACACUUACAGUAUUUAUUUGUGUGGCUGUGAGGUUGUUUUACAGGAGGGUAUGGAAUGAACAAGAUCACAUUUUGCAAUGUUAUGACCUUAAAGGGGUUUUCCACACAAUGUAAACAAAGAUAAAGAUUUAAGUGCUAAAGUGAAACAUGUUGUUUUACAGCGGUUAUGUUAAUAUUCUCGUAAACAGUCUGGGGUUGGACUGUGCCGGGUGCUCAUAUGUAUGUAUAUAUAUAU